AUGAAGUAAACAACACUUACAAGAUUCUUAACUUAAUCAUAGAAAAAGAAUGAAACAGCGAGCUUAAAUAAAAAUAAAGCGUCAAAUUCGGAUACUUUAGUAGAAGAAAAAAAGAUUGAAAUUUAAUAUAUCAAACCGGCUGCUACAAUAAUUAAAGAAGAAGAAAUAAAAGUAAUAAAAUAAAAAUAAAAUGAAUAUAUACAAGAAAAGCCAUAAGAAUUAAGCAGAUUAAAAAGAAAUAACAUUGUAGAUAGUGAUGAAGAAUAAGAAAAAAUAAAGAUUGAUUGUGAUUAGUUUAAAAUUGAUAAAUUUUCUUUUGUAGGUUCUUAAGAGAAAAAUAAAGAGAAAAAAUCUUUAGCUGUUUUUGUAAAAGAAGAUAAUAAAAAGAAUAAUACUAAAACAUCCUAAAAAGGGAAAAAAUCUGAAUAUGAUAAAUCCGGGAAAACUUUAAAAUAAUCAGCAAAAUUAGAAGAGGAAGAAAUUGAUAAUUCUUAAGAAAAUAAAUAAGGUAAUUUAGAUUUCAAGCAUCCAACAGAUAAAAUAAAUGUUUAUGAAGAGUUUGAUGAUGUGACUCCAAAAUGGGCAUCUAUCGGUUAAUCAAGAGAUAAAAAUGGAAUACUUCAUGGAACUUAAGAUGCAGAUCCAACUACUCUUUUAAUACCUUAAAUUGAAUUUAAUAAAUUAACUAAAUGUAUGCAAUAGUUUUGGAAAUAUAAGAGUGAGAAUUUUGAUAAGAUCAUAUUUUUUAAAUUGGGAAAAUUUUAUGAGUUAUUUUAUGAAGAUGCAUAUAUUGGAAAUAAAUAUUUAGAUUUGAAUUGGAUGGGAAGAAAGAUGUAAUAAAUUUUAUUAUUAUUUUAGGCAUACAGGAUUUCCAGAAAAGGCAGUACAUAAAUAUAAGGCACUUUUAUUAGAUUUUGGAUAUAAAGUUGUAAUAGUAGAUUAAACAGAGACACCAGAAUAGAUGAAUUAAAGAGUAACUUAAAAUAAGAAAGCUGGAACUGGUAAUACAGAUAAAAUAGUUCAAAGAUCAAUAAGUGAAAUUUUAACUAAAGGAACAUAUUUAUAUGAAGAAGGAGAAUCAUAAAUGAAUCUUGAUGAAAAGGUUUUACUUGUUAUAAGAAAAAAAAUAAUAUCUAAUACAAUAGAGGAAUAUGGGAUUGCCAUAUUUGAAAGAUAAACAAAUAUAAUAUCUCUUGCAUUUAUUGAAAACAGUGAUAAAAAUUAUGAAACUCUGAAAACCUUAUUACUUCAUAUGAGACCAGUUGAAACAGUAAUUGAUUAACAUAAUCUACCUUCUCAUGAUCCAAUAACUAAAAUGAUAUCUGGAUCUGUAUUAAAAAGUGUUAUUUCACAUUUAACAGCUUCAAAUGAUAAUUGGGAUGAAAAAAAAGCAUUAUUUAGACUUGAACAAUUCUAUAAAGAUAAAUUUCCUACGGCUAUUAAUUUUUAUAAAAAUAAUUAAGUUGUACUUUAAGCUUUAAAUGGAUUGUUUUCUUAUUUAAAUUAAAUUUUAAUUUUAGAUCGUGUUUUGGGAUGUGCAAGAUUCAAAUUAUAUGAUGAAGAAUUCUCACUUUAAUAAUGUAUGAUUUUAGAUAGUUAAGCUAUAGUAAAUAUUAUUUUUAUUAUUUUAGUAUCAUUUAGAAAUUCUAUAAACAUAAACAAGCGCAGAUAAAAAAGAUUACUCUUUAUUUGGUGUUAUUAAUAAAACUGUCACUCCAGGUGGUCAUCGUUUAUUAAGAAAAUGGAUUUGUGCACCUCUAUUUUAAAUGGACCAAAUUAAAGAAAGAUAAACUAUGAUUUGUGAUAUCAGCAAAUUUAGAAAGGAAAGAGAUUUAUUUAGAUAAAGUAUUAAACUAUUCCCUGAUUUUGAAAGAAGAUGUAGUAGAAUUUAUGAAUAUUCAAUCAAAACAGAAAGUAAAGCAGUAUUUUAUGAAAAUUUAUCUGAAUAACGUCUUAAAGAAUUUAAAACUCUAACAAAAGCAUUAAGACUUGCUUAAGAGGAAAUAACAUUAUUUGGUUAAUUUUAAAUAAACUUUAGAAGUGAAAAAUUAAAAAAAAUGUUGACUUUUGAAGCUGAUGGUGGCUUACUUCCUAAUGUUAAAGAAUAAUUAGAUGAGUUUGAAUAAUAUAUUAUAUGGGAAAAAGAAAAAGAUAAAGAAAUUCCUAAACCUGUUACAGGUGUAAUAGAAAGUUAUGAUUAAUCUGUUGCAGAAGUUUAAUUAGUUGAAUAAAAACUUGAUGAUUAUCUUUUAAAAAUUAAAAAAAUGUUUAAUAAAAACAAUAAAGACAUUCAAUAUGUACAUACAAAAUUUAGAUAUGAAAUUGAAAUUCCUGAUGAAUUAGUUUAAAAGUCUAAACCUGAAGAUUUUGAAUUCACUUCUUCAAGAUAAGGAUACAAAAGAUAUAUAAAUUAAGAUAUUAAAGACUUAGUAUCUGAAUUAGAAUAGGCAGAAGAAUUAAAAAAGUAAUAAUUAACUGUCUUUGGUAAUUUUAUAUUCAAGCAUUUUUAAUAGAAUCAAUAUGUUUGGGAUUCUCUUAUUAAAAUAAUAAAUGAAUUAGAUGCUUUAUGUUCUUUGAGUGUUUUUGGAGAUACAUCAGAAGGAAAAAUGACAUUACCUAAAUUUACAAAUGAAAAAAUUAAAUUAGUUAUUAAAGAAGGAAAACAUCCAUGUUUAACUAACAUUAAUUUUGUUUCUAAUUCUAUAGAUAUGGGGGAUAAACUUUGUAAAUUUUAAUUAUUGACUGGCCCUAAUAUGGGAGGUAAAAGCACAACUUUAAGAAUGGUUUGUGUACUUGCCAUUUUAGCUUAACUUGGAUGUUUAGUUCCUUGUGAAGAAAUGGAACUUUCUCCUAUUGAUAGAAUAUUUACAAGAAUUGGAGCCAAAGAUUAUUUAAUGGAAGGAAAAUCUACAUUUUAUGUUGAAUUAGAAGAAACAUUAAUACCAUUAAAAUAUGGAACCAAAAAUUCAUUAUUUAUUACUGAUGAACUUGGAAGAGGAACAUCAACAUAUGAUGGAGUAGCUAUAGCAUCUGCUGUUAUGAAUUAUCUAAUUAAAAAAAUAUAGUGUAGAGUGUUAUUUGCAACUCAUUUUAGAAUAUUAGUUGAAGAAGCCAAAUUAAUUAGUGAUGUAACAAAUGUUCAUAUGGCUUGCUAUAUUUAAGAUGGCAAAGUCAUUUUUCUUUAUAGAUUAAAGGAGGGAGCAUGUGAAGCCUCUUUUGGAAUAAAUGUUGCUAAAGUAGUAGGAAUUGAACAUUCCAUAAUAUCCAAAGCUGAAGAAAUGGCAAACUUUUUUGAAAAUAAAGUUCAAAAAAAUACUGAACAAACUUUACAAAAAUUUAAUUAAAUAAUAAAAGAAUAUGAGAUUAUUUGA